AAGGGGAACACUUCGCCUCUGGAGCUUCCUUCCCCUUCGGCUUCCCCGGCCGGACCCCAAAGGGCCGAAGCCCAAGGGGAAGGACGUUCCGGCUCGCUCCCGGCCCGCCCCGUCCCUCGCUCCGGCUCGCUGCCUCGCUCGCUCCGAUGCCGCCGCGUUCGUCCCCACUCGCGGGCGGCCGUGUGGCGGAGGUGGCGGCGAGCUCCCGGGCUCUGGGCAGGGAAAUGGGGCAGGCAGUGACGCGCCGCCUCAGAGCUGGAGCCCGCGCAGCGCCCCGCAGGGCGAUGGACGACCGAGCCCCGCUCCCGCAGGACGCCCCGGCGGCGCCCCCGCCGCUCGCCGCCCCCGCAGGGAGAAAACCAAAAGCCAAGGCACCACCUCCUCCGGCUGAGAGCAAAAAUGUUGAUGUCUCUUCAGUUGCUGAUUCUGUAGACUCUGCUGCUUUUAUCAUGGAACAGAAAGAAAACAUGAUAGACAAAGACAUUGAACUCUCAGUGAUUCUACCUGGGGAUGUUAUCAAAUCUACUACUGUUCAUGGCAGUAAACCUAUGAUGGACUUAUUGAUAUUCCUCUGUGCACAAUAUCACUUAAAUCCAUCAAGUUACACAAUUGAUCUGCUGUCAGCCGAAAAGAACCACAUUAAAUUUAAGCCAAAUACACCAAUAGGAAUGUUGGAGGUAGAAAAGGUGAUUUUAAAGCCAAAAAUUUUGGAUAAGAAAAAACCUACACCUAUAAUACCAGAGAAAACUGUGAGAGUAGUGAUCAAUUUUAAGAAAACACAGAAGACCAUAGUGAGAGUUAGUCCACAUGCAUCACUUGAAGAACUUAUUCCUAUUAUAUGUAGCAAAUGUGAGUUUGAUCCAUUACAUACACUGUUGUUAAAAGAGUAUCAAUCUCAGGAGCCUCUGGACUUGACAAAAUCUCUUAAUGACCUGGGAUUAAGAGAAUUAUAUGCCAUGGAUGUCAGCAGAGCCACUUCUGUUACUGCCUUCAAUAAGUCAACUUUACAAGAGUCCUGCCAAAUAUCUCCAAACCUAGACAUUAUGAAGGAGAAAGAAAAUAAAGGGUUUUUCAGCUUUUUUCAACGCAGUAAGAAAAGGCGAGAGCAAACUGCAAGUGCCCCUGCAACCCCUCUAAUAAAUAAGCACCGCCCGACUUUUGUGAGGUCCAAUACCGUUUCUAAACCGUAUGUUUCAAACACCCUGCCGUCGGAUGCACCCAAGAAGAGGCGGGCUCCGUUGCCUCCAAUGCCAGCGUCCCAGAGCGUACCCCAGGACCUGGCACACAUCCAGGAAAGGCCAGCCUCUUGCGUAGUGAAAUCCAUGAGCGUGGAAGAAACAGAUAAGAGUCCCAGUGGAGCAGGCAUGGUGAGAACAGGCUCACUGCAGCUCAGGAGCACAUCCGGAGGGAACUCAUCUUUGAGAAGGACAAAGCGAAAAGCACCUUCCCCACCCUCCAAAUUACCCCUGCAUCAAAGUGAUAAAGAUAGUCAGGGGACUGUCUUGCAGUCAGUAGAUGGAAUUCCUCCAGACAGUGUUUCAGAAGCAAGCUCUCCUGAGGGGCUAUCCAGCCCAGAAGCCUCCCUUGGUCCUGGGCUCGUCAGUCAUGAAGAGUGCACUGCCCCCAACCUGACGGAGGAAACCCCUGAGUGCCCUGGAACACCUGAGGCAGCAGUAGCAUCACCAUCUGGAAUAAACUCUGAUUAUAGCCUUGAAGAGAUAGAUGAAAAGGAAGAACUGAGUGAAGUGCCUAAAGAUGAGGCUGAAAAUAUUUCUCUGAAGUCACAAGAUAUUCCUUUUGUAUCUACUGAUAAAAUAAAUGCAUUGAAAAAUGAUCCUGACUCAGCCCUUGGCAAUGAGAGUGGAAAGUCCUCACAAAACUCCAAGGAAGAAAAACACAAAACUAGAAGCACAAAUGGACAAGGACCACACAGCACAAUAUAUGAUACAAGCAACGAAGAGUUGGUAGUUGAUAGUAUAAGAAGCUCAAAGUCUUUGGGCCCAAACCAAGAGAAUGUUCAAAAUGAAAUAAUUGUCCUUCCAAAGAAUACAGAAGAUAAUGUGAAAAAUGGAGUGAGGACGACAGAAAUCAAUGUAAGAGGUGUUACCAAAAGUAACAACAUGGACAGGGAAGUUGACAGACUGUCAAACUCCCAGGCAUGUGAAACAGAUACCAUUAUAAAUCACAAGGAAAACCACGUAGCAGCUUCAUCAGUACCAGAUCAAAAACUGAAACAACCCAGUGCAGAGAAGACAAAAAUGCAAGAUGCAGCAAUUCAGACAACUCCUUCCUAUAACAGUUUUCACAGGAAUCACCAAGAUCAGAAUUUGUCUGACCUCAAAGUUGAUGAAAGUGUACAAAUUUCAAAUAAUAACAAAUCAACUCAACACUCGUCCUUAUGUCCACAAGAUUCUUUGGCUACCUCAAGGGAAUUGAGGAGCCAGGGCACCCUAAUUAUACAAUCAGGAGGUCAACCCACCAUAAAAGAUCCCAUUUGUGCACGUGGUAAUGAAGAUCUUUUGCCUCCUACAGAUGGGAUUGACAAAAAUUCAACUGUUUCUUACCUAAAGAAUUAUCCAUUUUAUAGACAGGACUACAAUCCCAAACCAAAACCUUCAAAUGAAAUUACAAGAGAGUAUAUACCCAAAAUUGGAAUGACUACUUAUAAAAUAGUGCCUCCCAAAUCCUUGGAAAUAUUGAAGGACUGUGAAUCAGAAACCAUAGGGUAUAAAAAUGAUCAGGAGAUACAUACUGUAGGAAAGCACACUCAAGAGAAUGUGAAAGAAACUGCCAUCCAAACAGAAGAUCCUGCUAUUUCUGAAGUUCCAAAGGAACCACCACCGGACCUUAAACCUAAACCUAAUUUGAGAACCGAGCAUCAGGUACGCAGUGCUGUGAGCCCAACUGAGGAUGCGACAGUUAAUCCUCUGAAACCUGCUCCCAAAGUGACAAGACACGCCGCAACAGCUCCUUUUGCGCCAAAUUUGGAAGAUAUAAACAAUAUUUUGGAAUCAAAAUUUAAAUCUCGGGUUUCAAAUCCCCAAGCCAAACCAAGUUCUUUUUUCCUGCAGAUGCAGAAGAGAGUAUCAGGUCACUAUGUGACAUCUGCAGCUGCCAAAAGUGUCCAUGCUGCCCCUAAUCCUACACCAAAAGAACUGACGAAUAAAGAGGCAGAAAGGGAUACGCUGCCUCCUUCGGAGCAGACUCUUUCUCCCUUAAGUAAAACAACUCACUCUGGUCCACCACCCCAUGUUAAAAAAACUGAUGAUGACAUCGUCAAUCAGAAGCCUGCUGAAAGCUCUCCUCCUACCAUAGCUCCCAAACCUGCGACUCUUCCCUCUAGUCAGGUAGCAGCACUAAAUCUGAAGACUUUGAAAACUUUUGGUGCCCCGCGACCAUACUCAAGCUCUGCACCUUCGCCGUUUGCCCUCGCUGUAGUGAAAAGGUCACAGUCUUUCAGCAAAACACGCACCGAAUCACCCAGCGAUGGUGCAUCUGCCCAACCUGCAGCCAACACAGAGGAAGGGAAGACUCAUUCGCUAAAUGAGUUUGUGGACAUUCCACAAUUCGGUGGGAUUGAUAAGGACAAUAACUCUGCAUAUAAUGAACAGAAUUCUCAAAUACCAACUCCAACUGACUGCCCAUCAUUCACCCUUAAGAGACAAAGUUCUUUAACAUUCCAAAGCUCUGACCCAGAACAGAUCCGACAGAGUUUGCUGACUGCGAUCCGUUCUGGAGAGGCUGCUGCCAAAUUGAAAAGGGUUACCGUUCCAUCAAAUACAAUAUCUGUGAAUGGAAGGUCAAGACUCAGCCAGUCCAUAUCCCCUGAUGCCCAGGAUGGCCAUUGAAUGUUUCCCUGGCAUACCGCACUUCACCAUUUCCACUUCACAGACCAACUUCAUACUAACGGAAAAUGCUGGCAAAUGUAUAUUCAGAUGUGCACUAAUAUAUUUUCUGUUAAAGCAUAAGAAUUUGUGCUAUGGCUUUUAAUGCCAGAAGAAUUACCAGAGUUUAUAAUUUAUAAUAAUUUUUUUUUUGCCUUAAGAGCUAAAUAUGCUGCUUUAGAACUUUAAAACGAAGUGUAAAUGACUUUCAUUUUUUUUCAAAUGAGAAAUAAUCACUUUUUACUGACUUCACUUACUGACACAUUCUCUACAGCAGUGACUUAGAUAAAAGUAUAAAUUAAGAUGCAUAGAUGUAUAUUUGUAUGACACAUAAAUAGCUAGGCAAACACAGAUCUGACAUUUGCUGCCUCAAUGUUACAGUUUAAUUGGAAACAUAAGUUAAAGCCUGUUUUGUGCAGAAAGGAGUUAGAAAACUAGUGACAUCAAAUAAGUAUAUUCAGUUCAAAAAUUAUUUUCCGUAAUGAAUCACUUAGUGUGAAAAAGUUGUGUAUUCUUUAUGUACUUAUAAGUCAGUGUCAAACUUAUAAGAAGCUCAUAGUAUUUUAAUAUUUUAUUAACAUGGAACACUUGGUUUUUUAAUCUUUAGACCUUAAAUUGCACAAGGAUAAUUUUAAAUAUUUUCUGUAUAUAAUUAUGACAUUGUCACACAGAUAUUACACAUUUUAUGUGCCAGAAGCCUUAAAAAUCUGUGAAAAUGUUCAUGUAUUGUGACAGUUAUUUCACAUUUGAUAUGUAGAGAGGAAUAGGGGUUAGUUUAUGUCCAUAUUGGAAAACUUUAAAAACUAUUUGGAAGUCAGAAAUCCUGGUUUUAAUUCAAGUAAAUGAUAAAAUUGUCAUUAUGUAGUUCAUAUGCUAAUAUUCUAAAUAAUAUAUAUUUACAUUAAAGCUAAAACUGUUAAGCAAAACAAUGCCUAAUUUGUUGGCUAAUAACUACUCUGGGAUCUAGGGUUUGUUGGGGUUCUGUCCCUACAAUAAGAAUUUAAUUGUUCACUUAUUCUAAAGGCUUUGUUCAAACAAGCUGAUACUACAUUUGUUUCUAUUAAAACUACUGGGAUAUAUCUGCCUCUUUGGAAGAUGUGUUGAUUUUUUUUUUUUCCUGUUAAAUAAAAGCAAGUUGUAUAUUU